AUUAAUUGUGAAAUCGUCAAAGUGUGUGUGCGUUCUCUGUAGAAAAAACUUAAAAGUUUGUAGUGAACUAAUUAAACGACUUUGAUUGAAAUAAAGAAGAAAAAUGGCCCGUACUAAGCAGACCGCCCGUAAAUCGACUGGAGGAAAGGCUCCUCGUAAGCAGCUGGCCACCAAAGCUGCCAGGAAGUCGGCCCCGUCUACCGGUGGCGUCAAGAAGCCCCAUCGUUAUCGUCCCGGCACUGUUGCCCUUCGUGAGAUCCGUCGCUACCAGAAGUCGACUGAGCUGCUCAUCCGCAAGCUGCCGUUCCAGCGUCUUGUUCGUGAAAUUGCUCAAGAUUUCAAGACAGAUCUCCGUUUCCAGUCGGCUGCCAUUGGUGCCCUUCAGGAAGCAUCUGAGGCCUAUUUGGUGGGCCUUUUCGAGGACACGAACUUGUGCGCCAUCCACGCCAAGCGCGUCACUAUUAUGCCCAAGGACAUUCAGUUGGCGCGCCGCAUCCGUGGCGAGCGUGCUUAAGGAGGAGAAGUAUGAUCACAGUGGAGUGUAACAAUUCCCUUUGCAAUGCACGCGCGACCGCGGCUCUGCUACACAAAACAACAACAAGCGGCAGAUGCAGCAGCAACACAAACACAAACAUCAUGCAAGUGGUCGCGCCACAUUGAAGGGGAACUCAAAAACAAGUUGAUUAAUCAUCCAUUUCAAAACUUACAUGUAUACACUUACCAUCUUUGUUUUCGAGUUAAGAUUAAUUUAGGUAGAGGCAGUUUUCUUGAAUGAAAUUCAUUCUAACUGCUGGCAAAUUGGGCCAGGGCCAGCACAUACAAAAACCCGCAACCGAGCGGGCGCCCGAUUGCCGGCAAAAAGAGAUGGGCCCCUGAAAAUUUAACUUUUACAUACAUACACAUAUGCCCGUAACACUUAUUAUUAUUGCUAUUAUAAUUGUACAUUAGAAUUUAACAUUAUUUUUCUAUAUAUAUAUAUAUAUAUACACACAUAUAUAUAUAUAUAUAUAUACCAUUUAUGUCGCCGCGUCGCUCUCUCAUCUCAUCGAAAUGAGAUCCCAUCCUUCUGGUCGCGCUGCUCUUGUCGUCUCGAACAUCGCCACCACAUCUCCAACUGGCGUGGACGAUGCCCUGUUUGCCGGAAUUGCCCAUCCAUUAAUUGCCCUGUGCAGUAGCCCCCGAAAGAAGCUGCUGCAUGGGGCAUGCAGCGUCAACACAACCCGAUCGCGUUUGAAUGGGGACUGCCGGUAAACUGCAAGUGAGCAUCGUUUGCGUGUGGCAAGGCGACAGGAAGGUGCGACCAGGUGGCUAUACCGGGCCAGAGGGCGUAAACCAUGUGGGCGGCGCUAUAAACAUUAUAAACACCCAACUUUAACAACAACCAACAACAAGAACAUCUGAAAAUGAUAUCCAAUAUAACACCGAAGACCGAAUUGAAUACACUUACUUCUAAACAUACAUAUAUACUACAUAUAAAACGUAAAGUAAGCAUUCAUACAUAUAUCUUGUAGACACUAGACAUAAAAUAGAUCUUGUCUUUUUAUUCCAUUCCUUUACUCGCGAACCCGAACAACGGUUCAUGUUGAAGAUCAAACAAACAUCAAACAAACACACAUACCAACCGUGUUGUUGUGUUGCGGCGAGAGUAGCAAAGGGAAGAAUAAAACAGGUGGGUCCCCGGCUCGUUCCGCUCCCUCUCUGUGUGGGGAGCGGAGACGAAGGUAGUUGAUUAAAUAAGUUUUAGAAUUACAAGCAUUUUAUACGUUUUUGGCAAGGGAGAAUUAGAACAGAAAGCUAACCCAGCCCCCCCCCCCCCCCCCCAACCCUUCCUCCAUGGAUUGUGAGAGUUGGUGGGGCAUUCAAAAACAGACAUAACCACACAGAUGGAGGAAAUUAACAACAACAAUGUACCCAUUAUAUACGUAUGGUAUGCACUAAGAAAAUAAUUACAUAAAUAAUAUGCAAUACAUUAAAAUAGUUAACAAAAAAAUCAGAAAUCAGCAGAAAUCUUUAUCUUAAAGACUGCCAUAGAAUCCCCGAAAAAAUAAACAU